AUGAUUAGUGGCAGGUACCACGAAGUGCUCGAACGGCUCGGAAGGGCGGAACCAUCAACAGUGGACGAGUGCAAAGCUGUGUUGGAGAACAUUCGUGUCAACAAAGGCCAUAUCGACGAGAAUUACCGACUGGAUUUGGAGAAGCUUUCCCACGGACAUCGCGACCGGACAUUGUAUGUUUUUGCAAAACAGCGCAAGCUUGAGGCAGCUUUCACCAAAAGCAUCUCCCAGCAGCUUUACUCGUCCAAGUAUCGUUUCUUGUACGAACUUGUUCAGAAUGCUGAUGAUUCGCUGUACAAAGAGGCACACCGCGCAUCGGUACUACCAUUCCUCCGAUUCAAGAUCGCGCCAGAUGCUUUCAUUGUGGAAACAAAUGAAGAUGGCUUCAGACUAGCCAACGUUGAGGCAGUGUGUGCGACUGGGGAAAGCUCGAAGAAAUCGUCAGCUACAGACGAUCACAUCGGAGAGAAAGGCUUCGGAUUCAAGUCUGUAUUCUCCAUUGCAGAGGACGUGCACGUUCAAUCUGGACUCUGGUCAUUUCGGUUUCAACAUCGGCGCGGAGACGACGGUCUUGGUAUGGUGACGCCUCUGGACGCCGAGCCAGUCACUCUCCCUGAGGAUGUGACUACGAGAAUAACUUUGCGUCUCGCGAGGGAUGCGACUGCAGAGUACCAGAGUCUACUCAAUGCUGUCGCAAGCAUGCCUGAUACAACACUCUUCUUCUUGCAGAGACUACGGAGGUUCCGUGUUCAUGUUACAGACAUGGACGCCAAAGAAUUAACGACUACUUUCGAGAGAAUCGCACUUGAAUCUCCCCUAGAUCGCGUCCUUAUCAGGCGGCAGGAGGAGUUCGGUGAUGAAACCACGGUCGAUGAAAGCUUGUAUCGAUGUUUCACUCACGUUGUCGAGGAUAUACCAGCACACGAAUAUCGGGAGGGUCGCAGAUCAGCGCGCGUCGAGUUGGCCUUUCCAGUGGACGCUACAACACAACAGCCAAAGCUUAGCGAAUCUGGGCAUCACGUUUUCGCCUAUCUACCAUUGCAGCGUUUGCAACAAGUUCAGGUAAGCUCGUUUCAUGUAAAGAAGAAGUAUGCUAAUCCAUUCCGUAAGUUCCUCAUCCAGUCAGAUUUCAUCACUUCUGCAAGCCGAGAAAGCGUCAUUGAUUGUACGUGGAAUGAAUCCAUAUUCCAUGGUGUGGCGAAGACUUUCGCGAGGGCCGUUGAAGAGUUCACGAAAGACGAUGAUCCCCUAAGGUAUUCUUGGCUCGACUACCUACCUGCCGGGCUACGCGACGAUCGAUGGAAACCAAUGUGUCGAUUGAUUACACAAGAGCUGGCAGACAAACCUAUCCUGCAGACUUGGCGACAGCGACACCUCAGAAGACCGAGAGAACUACGAUUACUACGCGACAACAUGCUCUAUAGUGGCAAACCGAUUCUGGAGGGUCUAUCAGAUGAUGUCGACCUUGCCCCUGAUUACAUCCCUAAAUACAUCGAUGAAGUUCUCUCCCUUGGGGCACGUUGGGCAGGGCUACCUCGCAUGAUGAAACGGCUAGAGACUGAUGUUUUGACCGUCACUUCGAAAUUGAGAGCCAAGGAACCGCACGAUGCAUGGCAUGUUGCAUUUGCGUCCUUGUUUUUACAGGCAUGGUCGACCAAAGCCCCCGAGAUUGGUGUCCAAAGCAGACUGAGGAAACUGGCUAUAAUACCUCUUCAGAAUCGUCAGCAGUGGACAGGCGCACCAGGGCAAAGUAGCGGUGGGAGUUUGGAUCAUAUCUACUUCUCCGAUGUCGACGGCAUCCAUAUUCCCAGCUCUAUAGGAUUGAAUCUCCUCGAUACACACGCGUCUUCGAAUCCGACGCGCAAAGCCUUUUACACAGCACUCGGUGUCGAGGAGUGUUCGCAUGAGUUGGUCGUGGACAGGAUUAAGCAGGCACAUGGCCGCGCCGACACAGCUCCUGCUGAUAUACCGUCGCACCUUCGAUACCUUUUCCGAGCGAAUGAGGAUGCUUCGCUGCUCAAAAGAUGGAUCUGGGUGCCGACAAGAAGCGGGCAUGUGAAAGACUCUACAAAGUUAUACUUCCCAUCAGAAGCAGCCCAUCAUCUUUAUCAGGCUCUUACUGGAGUUUGUCCCUCGAAAUAUCAGGGAAUUUUGGAAUUUGUUGACAAGUCCCUAGUCGACUGGGAAGAAAACUCUGCGAAGGACCAGCGUGAUGCGUGGGAAAAGUGGUUGGAGCAGGCGACAGGUGCCCGAUACUAUCCGCCUGUCGUACACGAUAAUGCAGAGACGUCUUUGCCAGAGCUUUCCCCAGCUUUAAGGGUAGUCGGCCAGUGGAAUUUUUAUGCAUUCUUAGACAUGCUCAGACAGCAUUGGCACGAUUACCAAAAGGACGUCUCACGCAUCGAAGCCCAGCUCAGGGACCUAGGGGUACCAUGCGCCGUUAUAGCUGGUGAGCCUUGGCAAUACGAAGCUCUUGAAGACACAUACCUACCUACGGUCGACGUAAUUGAUCAAGUGCUGACUCUUGGUCUAACCUUGGGCAAGUGUUCAAUACUCGCUAUACCUGAGUUUCGCCGGACGUCGGACAAGCUUGACAAAGACGGCCGUGUAAAGUGGCGAUUUUUGGAAGAAUUUGGCGUACGUAGCGAGGUAGAUCUCGAGUUCUACGAGCGCGCUCUUCAGGGUAUCAGAUUCUUUCAAGGAACUCUAGAUGUACCAGAUGCUGUCUCCGAGGAUGUCUUGGAAGAGCUGAUCAAACGACGGCAAGCUACCGAUCUCACAACCAACCUUUCCGUUGCAGGAGACAUCUAUUCAUACAUCCGUGAUAAUACAGUCCGUGACGAGGAGUGGCAGAUACUGAGGACGCAGUUCCAGCAAAACGAUUUGAUCUUGGGCACGAAUAGCACCUGGCACACCCUUGAGACGUGUGUGUGGCACAGCCGUUUCUUGCUUUCCGGAUACGAAGACCUUAGCUCCAUCUACCCACAUUUGGAACCCUUCUUCGUGAAGCAUCUCAAAGUCAAGAAAGUCACACCGACUAUGGUCAUCAAGGAGAUAUCGAAAAUGGUCAGGCACAAAUCGCCAGACUACGAGGAUGUCCGAAAGCGGCUCGUCGACGUCAGCAGGAUGCUGACUAGUACCAAGCUGGAUAAGACAACUAAAGAUGCGCUAUCUGAUCUUGCGGCGAGCAAGUUCCUGCCCAAAAGACUUGCCAGUGGCGGUACAGCCCUCCUUAGCCGUCACGAUGCCUAUGCUAUCCGGGACCAUACUCGAUAUGGCAGCGCCUUUGAGGAGCAUGACAUCUUACUCGACUUUUCCGUUGAGGAGGUUCAAAUCAUGAACGUCAUGUUCACGCAUAUCGGUAUCAAGAGGUACUAUCUCUCGUCUUUGGUGGUCGAGAAGUCCACGGUCGAGGACGAUAGUGAGGAAGACGAUGAACUUUCGAAGCAACUGCAAGUGAAAGCGUAUGCUUUAUAUUGCUGUGCUGCGAAGUACAAGAGUGUGAAAGCUCUCCAUGGAGAUCACUCACUUUUCGAGACUUUGUCAGCUGUUCGGAUCUUCAGAGGCGAUAUCGCGACUCACCUAGUCAUCGACACCAAAGACCCAGACCUUCGUCUUAGUGUUCGAAGCGAGCGAUCAUUCAUACACCAUGAGAGAACGACGGACAGUCUAAGAAUCUACGUACCCAAAGGCCCGAAGCAACGUCAAUCUUCCUAUCGAUCACAGCUUCCGAAACUGCUUGCAGACAUCAUGGAAGUCGACGACAGCGCACGUCAUGACAUCUCUGUCAUCAUUGGUAGCGACCUCCGAGCCUUAGACGACAUCCUGAUCGAGCUCGAUAUAUCGUGCGUGUCGUGGAUCACAAAGCCAGUCUUGAAUCUACCGAACGAUGAAGAUGAGGAUGAGGAUGAAGAUGGUUCAUCGUCGCUGUUUGAGCCGCGACACGUGCACAAUGCCGAAAAUACAAGCACGCGAAGACGCUCUUCUCUAGUCUCAGCAAAUGGGUCUGUGAACUCAUCCGAGUCAACCUUCGUCGAAGAUGUGACAGCUAGCUCCAGACAUGCGGCCUACAGUCCCAGAGCAAGUCGCAGCUUAGAUCAGGAGCGUAUUAACCGCCUUCAUGGGGCUCUAGGUGAAGCAUUUGUUUUUGAAACGCUCGCCGCUCUCAAUUUGACCGACUUCACGCUCGACAAUUGGCGCAGUACGAUUCGCGGAGAGCUCUCACGCUAUCCGAAAUACGCCGGCAUUGCCAACUGGCAAGGUCGCGAAACAGCGGAUAUCGUCUACACGGAUCGCGAUGGUACGCUGACGCAGUGGUUGAAGGGGAGAUGCACAGGUGGCUAUCCUGCUAGUAGUACUGAGCGUGACUUCGCGAGGCACCCGAUCGAAUACUACUUCGAGGUUAAGAGCACAAUAAGUGCUUGUGAGACGAGAUUCUUCCUGAGUUCGGGACAGUACAAACUCGUAAGUUGUCUAGACUUCCUUGACAAAUAUGUGGGAUGA